UUGAAGAACGUCUUCUGGUUGUCCUCCUUCAGGCAAAAUCAACUCGAAGCGAUCACCGCCAUGCUCGAUGGCAAUGAUGUCUUCGUCCUAAUGCCCACCGGUGGUGGAAAAAGUCUUUGCUACCAACUUCCCGCAGUCUGUAAGACUGGUAGGACCCAGGGAGUCACAUUCGUCAUAUCUCCACUUGUUGCGCUCAUU